CACACACACGCGCGCGCUCGCACACGCAGAUGUGUGUACAGUAUGAUGAUCCGUCUCAUCAUUCUCAACCCUCUCUAAUCCAUCCCAUGAUAUUUGGAUCAGAAACAUCUCAGCCCUCGGGAAAAAAAAGCUGCGCUGGAUGCUGGAAAACACCAGAAGCAUCAGCAGCAGCACACCGAGCCGCAGCAUGAUCCUGACGGAUUUCUGAGACAGCUCAAGCGCCAUGGAUGAACGCGACUCGAUUUAACCUGCGCGUAAAAGAGCCUCAACAUCCUUCAAAACGGACGGAGUCGUGGAGCAUCGAGGGAAAACCCGGGCCAAUCGGGACCGAGACAUCAUGCCCAACAUGGAAAGGGGCAAACCAGCCACCUACACAGGCGACAAGAAGGCAAAGAUGGCUGCAAAGACCAAUAAGAAGUGGGUAAGACUGGCCACCGUGUUCGCCUAUGUUUUAUCCGUGUCUCUGGCCGCGAUCAUCCUGGCCAUCUACUACAGCCUCAUAUGGAAACCAUAUAAGCCCUUCAACAACGGCACCACCCCCACCUCCACCCCCACCAUCACCACCACCACCACCGAGAGCGGCAACGGAACGCUGGCGACACCGAUCCUCAUCAACGCCACCGGCACCAACGCGUCUCUGGAGCGGACAGCCAGGUCCCUCUCCAAAAGUGCGCACUCCGAACCCGCGGAUCUCUACACAUACAUGCCCAGCGACAUCUCAGACAGCCAGACUGCAGCGAAAGCACAGUCCUCCAGGAGAGAGCAGACUGGAGACGCGCAACCGGAGACGCGCUGGAACGAGCGCGCAGCGUCGCUUGAGGACGACUCUAGACAAACUCACUCAAAAAACCGGCACAGAAAGACCUAAGACCUAAGUUUGAGACUUGGAAACGUGGCUGCUCGUUGGAAACGUUCACAGGCCGAGACGAGGCCGACGCAUAGCCUAUAUAGCAGAGGCUCUGAUAGUGUUUAACCCUUCAUAUAUAACCUGUUUUGUUUCGCCUUAAUACUCGGCAUCUCCUUGCAGCUGAUAUAUGGGGAGCGUAAAACCCUUAGAAAACAAUCAUCCGAAGCGACUGUCCAUUGCGCUCAAUGCCUUGAUUCGAAGAGCCAUUCAUGUUUUUUUUGGGUGGGAUGGGGGACAAGCUUUUAAAAUAACAUCUCUAAAAGCUUGCAUGAAUUUCAACCAAACCUGUUAACCAAUUUAAUCAGGAUUCUUAUGUUAGAGGAACCUGUGUCGAUGCUCAGGUAUGUGCAAAUAUCCAUGUAAAUGUAUUGUUUAGUAAUGUACAUACAUGCUCUGGAAACUUUUAGCAUCACUAGAUCAUUUUUAUAACAAAUGAUGUACCAUAAGUGUAGAAUACAUCAUGGUAAUGGUAAAUAAACAACCUACAACUACAAACACUCA